CACACUCUCACACCUGGAUGCUGGCUGCUAUUGCAGGAGAGUGUGGCCCAGUCGUUGAAACACAGACUCAGGCAGUCCAACGCAGAAAAGGAGGAAAAAGGGAAUCGAAAAGGGGGGCCAGAAUGUGAGCGAAGGUGGAACUCAGAGUUGAAAGGACCCAGUGAACAGUAUGUCAAUUCAACGAGUGGGGGGAGAAAAAAGAGAGGGUCUCAGACUGACUGACUGUAGGGUUGUCCCACAUUUGGCCUGCACUGGGUCCUGGAUAUGUCUAGAUGUCUAGAUUAGGGUGCUUUCCCGUUUCUUUGGAUCAACAGUAGCACCAUACAGGAAGAUGUGAAGAAGGAGAAUAAGAAGUUGAAGUUGAAGAAGUUGCAGAAGAGGGGAAGACAAUUCCUGAUGGACAACGCGCAACAGCGUUUUUCUCAUGAGGUCACCACCUCCGGAGUACUACUCACUGUGCAGUCAAACCUUUCAAGUAAAAAUGUGUGGCGCAUUCAUGAGAAUACCCUGGCGACAUUAAAUUGGUGAAUUGCGAAUUCAAUCUGCAGCGUGCAGGGCAGGAGUAAGAGGUGGGAGUUCAUCGACGACGACGACGACGCAGCACAGCACGUGAGCGCGGGAGCCUCCUCGCCGCUAGAUAUCCACAAUUGUAUUCAUCUUCUUCUGUUUAAUUUGAUCCGUCUACGAACAAUUUGCACUGGCAGCUAUAAUUGUGAUCAACCGCACUCCACUUCGACGUCGCUAACCAUCCCCAUUAUAAUUCAUUAAGGAGCCAGGUGCGUAGCUCUAUGUUGUGUUGCUAGCCUUCAAUCAGCGAGGCUUGUGCCAUUGUUCGGAGUCCAGGACCACGGUGACCAAGGCAGUUUCUCAGUAGUGAUUGAGUUAGUGGUGAUCUGCUUCCGGUGGGUUGGAGUUGGCUUGAAGUGGUUUCGGUCCGAGCAGAGGCGAUUUCCCCGUCAUUGUUUAAUUUUUGGGUAGAUUACGAGUGGUACAGGCUAGUAGAGUAGGUUCGGUAAUCCUCCACCCGGAGAAAAUGUCUCCCAGUGUGAUGUCGGAGCCUAUCAUGUCCGAGCCUGAAUCGCAGACUAAAUCGAUGAAACCAGUGCAAUCAGUAAUCCGAGAACGCGCGACCGACAGCAUGGUCGUGAAGUCUAUGGAAUCCGAAGUAUGUGACUUUAUCUACAGGUCCAAGUUGCCCGACAUCGAUAUCCCUAACCACAUGCCCUUGUCCGACUACUGCCUCGAGAAAGCAGCUCAGUGGCCCGACAAAGUUUGCUUGAUCGACGGUGUUACAGGCAGAGAGCAUACUUAUGGGGAGAUCGAGCUCUCCACACGGCGAGUGGCUGCGGGCUUGUUUAAAAUUGGAGUGAAGCAAGGAGAUGUGAUCGCCCUGCUGCUCCCCAACUGCGCUGAGUUCGUCCAAGUGUUCCUCGGCGCCGCCAAGAUGGGCGCCAUCGUUACCACUGCUAACCCAUUCUAUACCUCGGCUGAACUAGAGAAGCAAACUAUUGCAUCCGGCGCCGGGAUUGUGGUGACGCACUCUAGCUACAUCGAGAAGCUUGCUGGCUUGAACGUACAGAUCAUCACCGUCGAUCAGCACGUCGAUAAAUGCAUGCACAUUUCGAUGCUGCUGGAGCCCAACGAGGCUGAGUGCCCACAAGUAGAAAUCCACCCUGAUGACGUAGUCUGCCUUCCAUACUCUUCUGGAACCACCGGACUACCCAAAGGGGUGAUGCUCACACACAAGAGCUUGGUCUCCAGCGUGUCUCAACAGGUCGAUGGCGAUUCGCCUAAUUUCAACAUCACUGUUGAGGAUACCUUGAUGUGUGUGCUGCCCAUGUUUCACAUUUACUCUUUGAACUCCAUACUCCUAUGCGGGUUGAGAGUUGGGGCUACGCUCGUGAUCAUGCCCAAGUUCGAGCUCUCCAAGAUGUUAGAGCUCAUCCAGAAGCACAAGGUGACAAUGGGGCCUUUUGUGCCGCCGAUCGUGCUCGCGAUUGCAAAGAACCCCAUAGUGGAGAAUUACGACCUUUCCAGUAUCAAGAUGGUGAUGUCAGGUGCGGCUCCUCUUGGCAAGGAGCUUGAGGAUGCGUUCAGAGCUCGCUUGCCAAACGCCGUUUUAGGCCAGGGUUACGGAAUGACAGAAGCUGGCCCAGUGCUGGCAAUGUGUUUGGCUUUUGCCAAGUCGCCGUUCCCGGUGAAGCCUGGUUCAUGCGGCACAGUAGUGAGAAAUGCUGAGGUGAAGAUUGUCGACACAGAAACUGGAAUGUCCUUGCCGUACAACCAGCCCGGAGAGAUUUGCAUUCGGGGGCCCCAGAUCAUGAAAGGUUACUUGAAUAAUCCUGAAGCAACAGCCAACACCAUCGACAAGGACGGUUUUCUGCACACCGGAGACGUCGCCUUCAUUGAUGAGGACGAGGAGAUGUUCAUCGUCGACAGGGUGAAGGAGAUUAUUAAGUUUAAGGGCUUCCAAGUACCGCCAGCUGAAUUAGAAGCACUUUUGCUAUCCAAUGAGGAAAUCCAACAUGCUGCCGUUGUAUCACGCAAGGAUGAUGUUGCUGGAGAAGUGCCGGUCGCAUUCGUUGUGCGACAGGCAGGAUCAACGAUUAGCGAAGAGGAAGUCAAGGAUUACGUCGCUAAACAAGUCGUGUUUUAUAAGAAAAUUCACAACGUCUACUUCGUCGAUUCCAUUCCGGAGUCUCCCUCCGGCAAGAUCUUGCGGAAGGACCUGAGAAACAAGGUAUAGAACAGCCUUGGUUUCUAAAAAUUUAGGUCAUCCCAUUCUUUUGCAAUUUUGAGUCUUCAUCCGUAGGUUUCAAGAUGGAUAUACUCGAUACGUGAACCAUACCAUUUUUGAAUAAGUGUCCAUCCUGGGGCAGUUGAACAUUUCUGUGUAAAAUUUACCUCUGUAGAGACAGAACUUGCAACUGGUUCUCAUGUGGAGUUUGAUACUAAAUCAAUGCACAGACCAGAGGUUUUGUAGCUGAGGACGGAGUUGUGGAUAACAACUCCCACUACAAUUUUCCCUUAGGAAUAGUGCAGAAACUUACCAGCUGGGUGCAGUUGAAGCGGUCAUGAACUGGUAUAUUUCCAUUUGAACCGCAGAACAACAAAUGCUGCUGACUAUUUCAUCAUUUUAUAGAAGAUAGAGAAACUCACUUGUAUACUGCAAUCCGUUUCGGUAUAUAUUUUAACAAGUUGCAUUCAUCGAGAAAA